AUGUUGGACGCAUUCGAAAUCAUUACGACCUCCGGCGUCGUGCUGUGGUCGAGGUCCUACGCCCCGGUCGGCUCCCACAUCGUUAACAGCCUGAUCAACGAGGUUUUCAUCGAAGAAAAAGUUGCCCCCGCCGACGGCGCUUCGACCGCAUUCAAGAAAGAGAAAUAUACCCUCAAAUGGAGGCGGGCAAAGGAGUUUGGGCUCAUUUUUGUGGCGGUUUAUCAGUCGCUUCUUCAUCUCAGUUGGAUAGACAAGUUGCUCGACAAUAUCGCCACCAUCUUUGUCGGCGUCUACAAGGAUCAACUACAGAGUAACAGAGCAAGGAUAGCCGAAUAUCCGUUUGACAGAUAUUUCGAUCAGCAAAUCCAAGAGUUGGAAAGCACCGCGGCGCCGGUCAUUGACGAACACGCGGGUGCACACUAUGACGAGAAGAAGAACGCUCUUGUUUCAUCGGAUAAUGGAGGCCCGCCUCCUCCUCCGGUGCCUUCACUUUUAAAAGCGCAGCAACCCGCUGCGCAGUUGGUGGCGACCUCCAACGAGAGUUCGCCAGCCGUCACACCUUCUUCAUCCCGACCUUCGACUCCUCUUGCGAAUCAUAUCCUUACAGCAAAGAAUGGCCCAGCUGGUCGUGUCUCGCGCCGAGCCCGAAAAGCCGCCAACACCAGCUCGAACGCCUCCUCCGGAGACGAAAGCCUGCGAAAGGGAAAACCCACCAAGGAAAAGAAAGGACGCAAGUGGGACGCAGACGGAUUUGCAGAUGAAGAUGAUGGUGUGAACCUGGACUACUCAGCGGCUGCCACGGGCGAAACCGCCGCCGCCCCGACAGUAGAAGCUGUAGCCCAGGAGACUUGGGGUCGCAAGACUGCCAAGGGACAGUUUGUUUUGAAAGACCUCGGCGACGAAGUGCAUUCGAUUUUGGAUAAUGCGGAUGCCGAGAAGGAAAAAUCAAACACGUCAAGCGGCGUUGUAGGAUCUAGCUUCAAUGCUAUCGGUGGUCUUUUCCGCAACAUCGUGGGUGGGAAAACCCUCAGCGAGACAGACUUGGAGAAGCCCUUGAAGGCUAUGGAAGAUCAUCUCAUGAAGAAAAACGUUGCUCCAGAAGCUGCCCGACGGCUGUGCGACGGAGUAAAACAGGAACUUGUUGGAAAGAAGACUGGCAACUUCCAAAGUGUCGAUGCUGCCUUGCGAACUGCCACGGAGUCGUCAUUGCGCAAAAUCCUGACACCCACGUCGUCUCUGGAUUUGCUGCACGAAAUCCAGGCUGUGACUGCCCCUACCACCAAGAACCAGACUCCGCGUCCUUAUGUCAUCUCCAUUGUUGGCGUCAACGGUGUUGGAAAGUCGACAAAUUUGAGCAAGAUUUGCUUCUUCCUUUUGCAGAACAACUACCGCGUCUUGAUCGCAGCCUGCGACACCUUCCGAUCUGGCGCUGUCGAACAGCUCCGCGUGCAUGCCCGAAACCUGCAGGAGCUGAGUUCUCGAGAAAAUGUUGGCGAAGUAGAGUUGUACGAGAAAGGCUACGGCAAGGACGCAGCCAACGUGGCCAAAGAUGCUGUUGCGUACGGUGCCGCCAAUCAGUUUGACGUGGUUUUGAUCGAUACUGCUGGCCGCCGCCAUAACGACCAGCGCCUGAUGUCGUCGUUGGAAAAGUUCGCCAAGUUUGCUGUUCCGGAUAAGAUCUUCAUGGUCGGUGAGGCUCUCGUCGGCACGGACAGUGUGAUGCAGGCUCGGAAUUUCAACCAAGCGUUUGGAGCAGGGCGCAAUCUGGAUGGAUUUAUCAUUAGCAAAUGCGACACCGUGGGCGAUAUGGUCGGAACGCUCGUUAGCAUGGUCCAUGCGACUGGUAUUCCUAUCGUAUUCCUUGGAGUUGGGCAGCAUUAUGGUGACUUGCGUGGUCUCAGCGUUCCAUGGGCUGUAGGUCUAUUGAUGAAAUGA